CCUGACGAUGCAAUGGAAAUCGAUGCGGGUGUUAGAAGCGGUUAGAAGUUCGGAGAAGAGGAAUGUAUACUUGGUACAUUUUUAUUAAUUAUCAAUUUUUCAAUCUGUAAAUGAAUGUCAAGAAUUCUUCGUUCGACAAUGUUACACGAUUAGAUGCCGUAACUUGAGAUUGUAACUCAGGUUGUUCUUUCGUAGCGUAUUGCUAAUAAUCAUGAGUGACUCGAAGGAACACGAUAUGGAGAGGAUGGAAGUUAUGGAAUUGUCCCUGAAAGCAGCGAAAGAGAAUGAACUGAAGAGGCGAUCGGUAUCCGCAUGUAGUAACGAUUCCGAGAGGAACAAAAAGAGACGGAACUUAUGCAGCAAAGACAAAAGAAAGAAGUCGAAGCGACGAAGUAGUUCUAACAGCUCUAGUUCUUCCAGCGCUUCGAGUCCGGAGGCGAAUACACGUAGAGCUAGGAAUAACAGAAGCGAGGACGUGGAACAUAAAACUAGGAAGUAUGAGAAUGGUUAUGCCGAAUCUCAGAGGAGAGGUGAGAAGUACAGUAACGACUUCAGAUCGUACAAUAGAAGAUAUGGUAAUUUUUCCGAAAAUCAGAGAGGCCGUGGUCGCAUGGAUUCACGACACUCCAGACACGGUUAUGACAGAAGGGACGGGUAUAACAAUGUCCAUUACAAUAGACAUAACAGUGACAGAAGAGGGUAUCAUGGAGGUUACAAGAGAACACUUGGUUAUAGCCGAUCAAGGAUGCAUGAUUAUCAUAGGAAUACAAGCAAAGAUACAACUAGUCAGUCUGUGCGAGAGAAGAAGCAUAGGAAACAGUCGCAAACCACAUCGGAGAUGGAGAAGCGCGAGUCAGUUAAGGAUGAGGCGGCUCCUGUCGGACAUGGGAAGAGAAAGGCGGAAACACGAGACAAGAUUCAGUCCGGUCGCAGGAAGCCAAAGAAGAAGAGAUCAUCGUCAGCUUCUAGCGUUUCCAGCGUUAGCAGCAGCAGCAGCAGUGACAGUAGCACCAGCAGUAGUUCCAGCAGCAGCAGCAGUAGCAGCAGCAGCGAUACAGACAGUAGCAGCAGCAGCAGCAGCAGCAGCAGUAGUAGCAGCAGAAGCAGCAGCAGCUCGGAAGCCGAGAAGAAGCGGAAGAAGGGCUUGAAGAAGGCUAAAAGAUUGAAGAAGAAGGCCAUGCAGAAGCGGAAGAAGAAGAAACGGGUGAAGAAGAAAUUGAAGAAGAAACUGAAGAAAACCGCGUCCAAGAGGAAGAAACACAGCAAGAAGAGACCCAAGGAGAAGGCUGGUAAAGAGAACACGAACGAGAUUGCGCCCAAUAUAGCGGAGAAAGCGAAAGCCAUGGCGCCCAUGACGAAGGAGGAAUGGGAGAAAAGACAGAACAUCGUGCGGAAAGUUCUUGACAAAGAGACCGGAAGGUACAGAUUAAUCAAAGGCGACGGGGAAGUUCUUGAAGAGAUAGUGAGCCGUGAUCGCCACAAGGAAAUCAACAGACAAGCGACCAAAGGUGACGGCGAAUACUUUCAAGCACGCUUAAAAAUGAAUGCCGUAUAACAUAUUUUUUUAUGUAACGAAAUUUAAUUAGGAAAAACUAUACGAGUACCUAUAUUAUCAUUGUGUUAAUAUCUGAUGUCAUCGUAUGUUUUUGUCUCGUUUCGGAUGCAUUUAUCUGACACAGCACAUGUAUGUACGGUCAGUCACAAGAGGGUUGCAACGCUUUUUUUUUUUUUGGGGGGGGGGGG